CUGCCGAAAGCUUAUCUUGAUCGGAAAGGAGAAGUGACAACCACUUUCCCGGGACGUUUGAUGUCGUUCCCCUCGAAGCGCUGCCAAUUCAAAGCUUGACGCAGCCCGCUGUUGUCAUCGCCAGCCUUGACUCGUCUCCCUCAUCCAUGACUCUCCAAGGCCAAGCCCCAAAUGGACCACCCAUCGGAGACACAAAACCCAAGACCGUCGACCGUGGUGCUGCUGAAUCAAGCAAAUGUGCGCUUCCCCCCCCCCCCCCCCCCCCCCCUCCCCGCCCCUUCGAUGCCUCGAUGGGGAUCUUCAUGCAGCUAUCGGGCACCCAACGCCUGGCAGGUCGCCGACCCUUCCUGAAAGGGCAGCCAUCGAGAUGCAUCUGGGCGCCGGCAAGAGUUUCCGAGCGAAUGUUUGCCUCGGGUGGCUUCGAGUCAGCGCCAACCCUGAGAGACACUUCUAAGAUCCCGCGGUAUCCCGCACGCCGAACCGCAAGCCAUAACGCUACUGAGUACACACUAGUACGCCAACUGGUCUAAUAACGAAUGGCUUGACGCGAUUCACUUACGGAUACAGUUCAUCAUCGGGCUGAGG